UUCAAAUGGAGAAUUACGCUGAGGAAGUUCUUCCUGUAACAGCUGCUUUACCUGAAAUGAAAAGAGGCAUGAGUGAGAGGAAAGUCAGAAAUCUGACACAUAAGUUCACCCUUGAAGAGUCCAAACAAAGCAUAACUUCGAUCAAGUUUGAUCCAGGCAAUAAGUAUAUGGCAGCAGGCCUUUGUGAUGGAAGUAUUGAAAUCUACAACCUGUUUACUGGAGAAUUAUCUUAUGAGCUUAACAAACCAGACGAGCAGGAUAUGUUUUCAACCUUUUUGGAAAUCAGAUAUCCCAUAACUUCCAUGAGGUGGAGACCACAAAGAGGGUUAUCAAAAACUCAAAAUAUGCUCGUCACUGGAGGAGCUGAUGGAUAUGUAAAAUAUUGGCAUACAACCUCUGGAAAGUUAAUCCAUUCCUUCAAGGAAGAAGGCAAUGGAAUUUACUGCAUUGAUUAUAACUAUGACGGCACAAGGUUAGUAACUGGAGGGGUAGAUAAAUAAAAUCAGACUCUAUGAUGACGCCGCCAAGGAUAUUAUUCACACAUUCCAAGACAACAGUGAAGACUAUCUGGCUCAUUACAACAGGAUUUUCUGAGUCAAAUUUGAUCCAAUCGAUGACAGAUUGAUCUAUUCAGGGGGAUGGGAUAAUAUGAUUAAUGUGAAUGACACAAGAGAGAAAGGCCCUGUCUCUCAAAUUAUAGGCCCUUACCUCUCUGGUGAUACUCUUGAUGUCUACAAAACCCAGCUUCUGGUUGGAAACUACAACACAGAAAAUCCUCUAGAGGUUUAUGAUCUAAGGAAACUAGAGAGACUCAAGUCAAUCGAGUGGAAAACAGAGGAAGGCAAAGAAGGAGGAAAAGUUUUAGGAGCAAUGUUUAGUAAGUCAGAUGCUGAUGCAAUCAUUGCAUGUGGCAGUGUCGGAAACGAAUUCAAAAUUUUUGAUUCGAGUACAGAAAAUGUAAUCGCUUCAGUGACUGGAGGAAAGAAACCUAUCUACUCCAUUGAUGUGUCCGAGUCCAACUCGUUGAUUGCCUUCGGUACAUCAGAUUGAUUGAUAAAUGUGCUAGAAUAUAACAAUUAGUUCAGAUCCAAGUGAUUUCAUCAAAUUAUUUCCA